UACAGUAGUGCAAACUAAUUAAGAGUACAGGGAUGACCAGAGACUGCGGACAGUACAGGGAUGACCAGAGACUGCGGACACAGUACAGGGAUGACCAGAGACUGCAGACACAGUACAGGGAUGACCAGAGACUGCGGACACAGUACAGGAGGAUGACCAGAGACUGCGGACACAGUACAGGAGAUGACCAGAGACUGCGGACACAGUACAGGAUGACCAGAGACUGCGGACACAGUACAGAGAUGACCAGAGAGAGACUGCGGACACAGUACAGGAGGAGAUGACCAGAGACUGCGGACACGGUACAGGAGAUGACCAGAGACUGCGGACAUAGUACAGGGAUGACCAGAGACUGCAGACACAGUACAGGGAUGACCAGAGACUGUGGACACAGUACAGGGAUGACCAGAGACUGCGGACACAGUACAGGGAUGACCAGAGACUGCAGACACAGUACAGGAGAUGACCAGAGACUGCGGACAUAGUACAGGGAUGACCAGAGACUGCGGACACAGUACAGGGGAGAUGACCA